AUGACCUUUAGGGUCACGGUAAAGAACUCAAGUUUGCCGAUGAGACCUGGAGAACGAGGGGAAAACUGUACGCUCUACUUCACUCGAGAAACGAUACCAGAUGGGUGCAUGAGAAAUCCCCCAACAAACUUCAAUCGUUACCUGUUUGCAAGUGUUCUUAAAGGCAUGGACCUGUUAAGGUUUGCCGGAUGGACAUACGAGUCUCUUCUCAGAUACUAUGAGGAUUUACCUCCCAAAAGGACGGCAAAUGCAGUUCGCGCCAUCGGGCGUAUGAAUGCUCUUCGCUUGGUUUCUCAACGGAGAGCAAGCAAAUCGAACGGUAGUCCAUCAAGCGAGAAGACCCCAACAUCACCAUCUCCAUCAGGUAGCAGUAUCAGCUCUCCCGUGGAGCAGCCUACGGAUGGGCAGGGCAGUGAGCGUACCCCUAACGCCGAAUUGAAGAGAAAAGAAAAGGCAGAGAUCGAUAAAAGUAUUGAUCAGGAAAGUAGUGCAACCAAUACCAGUACAGUGCCUUCUAUUGAAGUAGAGACUCCGGUGAAUACACAGAGUAAUAGGGAUAGUUAUGUGAAACCUGAUACGAAUGGUAGAGCCUUGUCCUUUACUUUAGACUCGGACGUGGAAAACGACAGUGGUCUUGAUCUGUCCUUGGAUCAGAACGCUCUAGGAAAGCGCAGCGCGAGAUCAUCCCAGAAUUCAGUCAGCGAAGGAAGGGACGAACUGCCCAGUGACUUGAGUCUUAAAACCGACGGUGUUAAUAAUAAUACACGUGAUCAGAGUUUAAGCCUUGAUAAGGAUGGUCAGCAGCGUAAUUCCGUGAUCGACACUAAUUCCGUGACAUCAUCCUCGGCUGAUAAGAGUGAUAUCAGCCUGUUGUCUGAUGCGAGUGAAGAUACCAGCGAUCCCGGAGUAAACAUGGACCGAUACCUCUACGAUCCCAACAAGGGGGUGAAGAAUCAGGCUGCGAGGUGGGAGGUGCGUACCAAUAGUCCAGAUAGGAAGUCCACCAAGAACAAGGCAGGUGGUGGUGGUGGUGGACAGUCACCCCCGCAGCAAGCACCGGUCUUCAGGCAGAAGUUCCGACACUGUGAGGUGAUCGCAGGAUCAGUGGCAUGCUUCGAGUGCUGUGUGGAUGGCAACCCUAGCCCUGAUAUCAUCUGGUAUAAGAACGGUAAGAGGGUCCAGGAGAACGAGAGGUACAGGAUCAUGAAGGGCGGUGAGGAUAUCCAUUCUCUGGUGGUCAAGGAUGUCACCAAGGAUGACCAAGGCACCUACAUGUGUGAAGCAAGGAGCCCGGCCGGAAAGGCCCGCUGUAGCGCCAGACUAGUGGUGCAGCAACGUAAGUAUUCAUUUAUCAUUAUGUUAUGA